UGCCGAUGUUUUUGUUUUUUGCUCGUUUUGUGCAGACUAUCAUCACGUUGACGUUCGCAAGCAAGAUUCUCGAUUAUGAUAUUCGGCUGCGACGGUGAUGCUGCUUGUCGUUUGUUUCACCGUGUUUUUUGCCUGCACCUAUUACGCUCACAAGUACCUGUCAUCGAGUGCGAAGCAGUAAGGGUGACUGAUGUUUGCCAUUUUUGAGCGGAGCUGUCAGAAAUAAAAAUACUCACAACAGAGAAAGGCAUUUGUCAAACAAAGCAGCAAUGAGUGACGAAGAGUUUGAAGAUCCCAGAGGUGCAAACAGUCGCUGGAUGAAGACUGAUGUCAAUAAGGUAUUGACUCCAAAUAAAGGAGGUGUAUUUCGUUGGAAAAGAUCAACUCCAGCAAGCGUGCCUGAAUCAGUUCAAAACAAUGAAAAACGAGCAAAAGUCAAGAUUACCCAAAAGCAAGAUCCUCCUCCUCCAGAAGUUGUAGAACUGACUGAUGAUGAGGAUAAUUCUGAAACAAUUGAUAUCAGUGAUGACAGUGAUAAACAGUCACCUUCAAAGAAUACAUCGGCUGCUAAUGCAUCAAUAUUUUCCAAUACCACGUUAGAGUCUAGUGUUGAAGAAUCAUCGCAAACGGAGAUAAAAGUAUAUGAUGCACCACUGACACAAGCAGUUGUUCCAGAAGCAUCAGUGGUAAAGCGUGCCACAGUUUUUGUUGGAGAAAAAGAAAAACCAAGACCAAAAUAUAUACAUGAAAUAAGAAAUGAUGCUCCAUUACCUCCGGGUAUGCCACCAGUAAUAGCUGGAGUUCCAGUAAAGUUUCCAGUUUCUCCAUAUAGAAGUCAGAUAUCCGUCAUGAAUGCUGUCAUCAAAGGAUGCAAAGGCAAAGAACAUUGUUUAUUGGAGAGUCCAACAGGAAGUGGAAAAACCUUAGCUCUAUUAUGCGCUGCCUUGGGAUGGCAGGAAAGCUUCGAACAGAGUCAUCUGCUCGAUGCGGCCAAAAAGUUGAGGAAUCACGAUCCCGACGACCCGAGCGGCCUGUGCCAACCUGGAAAAUCUGUGGAUGAUUGGAAAGCGAUAGAAUUUGACGAAACGAAAGAAGCCAACGAAAAAAAGAUUCCGAAAAUUUACUAUGGAUCGCGGACGCACAAACAAAUCGAGCAGGUCAUAAGAGAAUUCAGGAAAACCGCUUAUGCGCACAAAAACAUGACGAUAUUGAGCAGCAGAGAGCACACUUGCAUACAGAGUCCUGUGAAAGGCAUAAGUAAAACGCAACUCUGCAAUAAUCUGCUCGACCCUGCAAAAAAAACGGGAGGUUGCGAGUACUACAAAGAGAAUAAUAAACAAGCAAUAUCGUGUAAUAGCGCGUUGUCCUCCUGUGGUCUUAAAACGCCGUGGGACAUCGAAGAUCUCGUGGAUCUGGGUAAACAAGAAAAAGCAUGUCCGUACUUUGCCGCUAGAGCUCUGAUGGCCGAGGCUGACAUUAUUUUCUGCCCUUACAAUUACCUCAUCGACCCGGUCAUUCGAGAAACGAUGAAAAUAAACUUGAACGGUGACGUAGUCAUCGUCGACGAGGCCCAUAACAUAGAAAGUAUCUGCAGGGACGUGGGAAGUGCCGAUUUUCGCGAGGAUAAUUUAGGGGAAGCUAUAGAAGAUUGCAAACUGGUGGCCAACCUUCUCGUACGCAACAAUGAGUCGUAUAAAUUACUUGAGCAGUAUAUCUCAUCCAUGCUGAAAAUGAUUCAAGAACAGCAAUUACCGCAGUCGACUAACCAAUACGAAGACGUGACUAGCGCGUGUUGGACCGGCGAGCAGACUUGGACACUGUUCAAAAUGCACAAAUUGGGAGGCCCGGCAUUCGCAGAAUUUGAAGUCGCGUGUAAGAUAGCCGUAAAGGAUUAUAACGAGGUGAAGGAAGAUAUAAAAGAGUCAAAGAUGGCGGGUCAUCAGGAGGAGGAAUACGAGUAUGAUGAAUUUGGAAAAAUGAAGAAGAAAAAGAACAAAAAAAAGCCAGCCAUUACUUUUGUUACGAAAAAGCUUCUCGAGGAGCUUCUCAGUUCACUUAAAAAUAUUCAGCACGCCGAGUACAGCAAAGAUUAUCGUUGUACCAUUUCGCAGUCGUAUCACAAAGACGCCAAAGUCAAGAUGGAAGAAAACAAGUGGACCUCGGGCCAGGGGGGUCGUCGUCUGCGUACCAUCAAGUUCAUGUGCAUGAACUCGGCUAUAGUGUUCUCCCAGAUGGCCAGAGCGACUCGUUGCGUGAUCCUCGCCUCGGGCACACUGUCGCCCACCUCGACCUUCGAGAGCGAGCUUGGUACCAAAUUCGUUCACAAGCUCCAUGCGAAUCACGUGGUCCCAAGGGAUCAAGUCUACGUCAGAGGCAUAGCCUCAGGACCCAAAGGUACCACCCUUCGGGCCACGUAUAAGAACGUGCAGAUGCUGCCUUUCAAGGAUGAUCUCGGCAGAUUGGUCUUAGACGUCUGUCAGACUGUCCCUCAUGGCGUGCUUUGCUUCUUCUCUUCAUAUUCGAUGAUGCUGUCGCAGAUAGAUCGUUGGAAAGAGACCGACAUCUGGUACGAACUACAGCAAUGCAAACACAUUGUCCAGGAGCCAAGGUCAAACAACGACCUCGAGGACAUUAUGCGCGAAUUUCGCGAUGUUAUACGUGAAACUGCUGACCGUGAGGCAGCUUGCGGAAUUAACGGCGCCUUACUGUUCGCCGUAUUUCGAGGUAAAGUCGCCGAGGGUAUAGAUUUCAGCGAUAAUGAGGCCAGGGCCGUACUUACUAUUGGCAUUCCAUAUGCAGUACAAAAUGACCCUCAGGUCAAACUGAAGCGAGAGUAUAACGAUAUGCAUCGUAAUAAGGGUUUACUACCUGGCGGUGAGUGGUAUUCCGUUCAAGCUUACAGAGCUCUGAAUCAAGCUCUUGGAAGAUGUAUCAGACACAGGAACGAUUGGGGAGCAGUUUUACUUGUGGAUGAAAGAUUGAUGUGGCCUGAUAGUAUAAAUUAUUUACCAAAAUGGAUUAGAGAAAUGAGAAGAGAAGGGGCGAUUUAUGAUUUGAAAAGUGAGUUGAAAGAAUUCGUCAAAGAACAAAAAAUACGUGAUAGUGAAAGAGCCAAUAAUUAAAUAUUUUUACAGAAAUUUUAAAAAAUCUGUCAAAAAUGGUGCCUCAUAACUUGAUAUAUUUUUCUAAUAUAUAAGUUUAGUUGCGUUAUUGUUUAAGCGCUUUUAUAUUUUUCAAAGCGAUCGUUUUGUUAAAAUAUUAAUCGUGUACAUAAUGUUUCCUUGGGUAUACAAGUUUUUAUAAUCUAAACUCAAUAAUAAAAUACAAACGAAUAUA